UGCUGCUUGGUCACGUGAGUGCCGCGACCACGUGACCGCAGUCCCGGCGGGGCACCUGCCCCUUGGCUUCCUGCUCCGUCCGGAGAUUGCCUCCUUCUCUGGAGGCAGAUGGAGGAGGAGGGUGAGGAAGCGCGGGCGCUGCUGGCAGGCGGCCCCGAUGAGGCCCGCAGCGGAGCCCCCGCCGCCUCCCAGGUGCUGUCGGCCCUCUGCGACCCCAGCCGCCUGGCGCACCGGCUUUUGGUGCUGAUGCUGAUGUGCUUUCUUGGCUUCGGUAGCUAUUUUUGCUAUGAUAAUCCUGCUGCCCUUCAGACUCAGAUUCAACGAGACAUGCAGGUGAAUACCACAAAAUUCAUGCUGCUGUAUGCUUGGUAUUCUUGGCCCAAUGUAGUUUUGUGUUUCUUGGGUGGAUUUUUGAUAGACCGAGUAUUUGGAAUACGAUGGGGCACAAUUAUUUUUAUCUGCUUUGUUUGCAUUGGUCAGGUUAUUUUUGCUCUGGGUGGAAUAUUUAAUGCUUUUUGGCUGAUGGAAUUGGGAAGGUUUGUUUUUGGGAUUGGUGGAGAGUCCUUAGCAGUUGCCCAGAACACGUAUGCUGUGAGUUGGUUUAAAGGGAAAGAAUUAAACCUGGUGUUUGGACUCCAGCUCAGCAUGGCUAGAAUUGGAAGUACAGUAAACAUGAACCUCAUGGGAUGGCUGUAUUCUAAGAUUGAAGCUUCUUUGGGUUCUGCUGGUCCCACAACCCUUGGGGCCACACUGUUGAUUGGGGGUAUAACCUGUAUUCUUUCACUAAUCUGUGCCUUGGCUCUUGCUUACUUGGAUCAGAGAGCAGAGAAAAUUCUUCAUAAAGAACAAGGAAAAACAGGUGAAGUUAUUAAAUUAACGGAUAUAAAAGACUUCUCCUUACCCCUCUGGCUGAUAUUUAUCAUCUGUGUUGGCUAUUAUGUUGUGGUGUUCCCUUUUAUUGGACUUGGGAAAAUUUUCUUUAUAGAGAAAUUUGGAUUUUCUUCCCAGGCAGCAAGUGCAAUUAACAGUGUUGUAUAUAUCAUAUCAGCUCCCAUGUCCCCAGUAUUUGGGCUCUUGGUGGAUAAAACAGGGAAGAACAUCAUCUGGGUUCUAUGUGCAGUAACCACCACUCUCGUGUCCCACAUGAUGCUGGCCUUCACGAUGUGGAACCCUUGGAUUGCUAUGUGUCUCCUGGGACUCUCCUAUUCAUUGCUUGCCUGUGCAUUGUGGCCAAUGGUGGCAUUUUUAGUUCCUGAACAUCAACUGGGAACUGCAUAUGGCUUCAUGCAGUCCAUUCAGAAUCUUGGAUUGGCAAUCAUUUCCAUUAUUGCUGGCAUGAUAUUGGAUACUCGGGGAUAUUUGUUUUUAGAAGUUUUCUUCAUUGCCUGUGUUUCUGUGGCACUUUUAUCUGUGGUGUUACUUUAUUUGGUGAAUCAUGCCCAGGGUGGAAGCCUAAAUUACUCUACAAGACAAAGGGAAGAAAUGAUGGUUUCUCAUACUGAAUAAGAAGUUCAAAUGACUGUGUCAUGAGAACAGGAUGCACGCACCAUGAAUUUGAAAACAUCCAUGUAUUUUUUUUUUAAUUUAGAGUUUAGUCAUGAGGAAAAAUUAUGAAUGCAAAGUCAUAUUUAUAUUUCAGAUGUACCUAUUUUAAAGUUUGUGAGGACUGUAUUAGCCUGUGUCUUUUGUAUUGUGUGUUGCUGAGGAAUUCUAUGUUAGAAUAGAUGAAUCAACCAUGAACAGUUUAGGAAAUUGCUCUGGAACAUCCAGGUGAAUUUCAGGAAGGACAGUUAAGUAAUAUAAAACAAUAGAUCUUGUAUUGAGAUAAUUUUUAAUAAGUACAUUUUGGGGACAUGGCCUUUUGUCUUACUUCAGAAACUAGGGUUAGAAGGGCUGUUUCAUGUGAAAUAAAUGAGGGCACUGUACUAGGCAUUUCCCUUGUGAUAAAGAAAAUGAUAGGCAUUCUCUUCACAUUUACCACUAGCAGAUUGUGCUCUGCUGUAGUUAGGAGGGUACUGAGCAGUUGCCUUUGGAGUUUCUCUUAUGGGGACCCUAAUCACCUGAGAUACAAUUUUAUAGUAUAAACUUUUGUAUAGUUUUUUCUUACGGACCAGCUAAUAACUAAAAAGUAUUCUUAAAUGUAUGAUAAUUGUAUAUCUGCAUGGAUAAAUAAAAGCAUUGGAAAAUGAA